AUGGAAUUGUAUAUAAAUUACAAACCCAGGGGUCUAUUCCACCAAACGACUUUUACUGUCACUGUCGACAAAGAGAAAUGUCAAAACAAAUUAGCGUCAAUGAUAGUUAGAUUACACGUAAAAAGAAGUCAAAAAAACUUAAUGUCGGGAAGAGUGAGUGAAAGUAAGGAAAAAUGUGGCAGCGAGGGUUCGGUUGUGUCGCACAUUUUAGCAACCUUGACAGUCUUUAACUGCGUUUAUUGUCUCUUCCUUAUUAUCUUUAACUAA